AUAUAACGUCACGAAAUCGCCCGCCGCAUAGCUAUUUAAGCACACAGAUACGUCAUAGAACAAUACCACUGCUGCAGAAGUUGCCGUACGCACAUCGCAUCAACAAGAACACUGUAAUAUGAGUGACGAGGAAAUUGCGAGGGUUGUUUUCGGCGAGGCGAGAGGCGAGCCGUACCAAGGUCAGCUGGGCGUGGCUUAUACCAUUUUUAAUCGUUCUCGCCACCCGGGUUACCUCAACUCACCAAGGGACAUACUUUACGAGCGGGCGACCGACGGACGUCACAAGUAUGAGACCCUUGACGAUGCAGGUCACACGCAAGCCUGGAGCAAGGCAAAACAGACGCGCAAUGACGAGUACACGAGUGCCAUGAGGGCUGCUCAGGCCGCUAGGUCAGGGUCAGAGCCUGAUCCUACAAGAGGUGCAACGGAUUUCGCCUCGAAACAGAAUUGGCCUUCUGUUAGCGAUAAUCAGUACUGGCGGGCUACGAAUAAAACGCAGAUCGGCAACCAGUGGUUCGUGGGACGAGAAAAGAAAUAAGAGCUUACACCGAGUAUCAUGUAAUUAUCAAUUCUGACUUGAUACCGUUAUGUACUUAUUCAGUGUAGACAAUACAUGUGUAUUCGUGUUUUUUCUCUUUCUUAUCCGGCGAGUAUUGACUGAUUUAAAAUAUGUUGUAUUCACAAUAGACAUUCAUUUAUAUGUACAUAUAUUUGUGAACUGUUAUAACAAAUUAUAAGGUUUGAAGAACCUCGAUAUCGAUUUUAUUUAACUAUGUGAAGAACAAAUAUGAUACUUGCAGCAAGAAAAUAUGAAACAUGUAUUAAACAAAACGCUUUAUACAGACAUUUUGCUUUGUUGUGAAUAUAUGGUUUCUACUGAAACGUAUAAAAGUUGCGUUGUCUAUAACUAUAUGACGGUCAAAUAUUCAAUAUAUACCAGUAUGAUUGUGUUUAACCACAAAAUGUUUACUAAAUGUCUUUCUUGUUUUCAAAACUAAUUUGAUAUCGUGAAUGAAAUAUUAGUAUACACACACGGCAGCGUAUUUAAUCUUCUCUUUUUCAAUCUCAGACUAUUUUUGAAUUUCAU